GUGUACUAUAGACAAUCUUGCCUGUAUUGGUGGAAAUGGAUGAGACUAAUCAUAGACAGGAACCUGAAAGAAGAAAGAGGAAGCCUGCGGGCGACGAAUUUAUUGAGCAAAAGAAAAGGCAACGAGAACUAUUUUUACAAGCACAUCCAGAAUAUCGCAGUAAACCUCAUCGUUGUAACCCUGAAGCAGAAAGUUUUGUAGAUGCGUUUUACAAUCAACCUUCUCAGAUUGUGCCUCGGUUUCUGAAGAUGGUAUCCUGCCUUUGGAAAGGUGAUGAUAAGAAGGACAACAAAUUGGAGAAAGAAAACUAGAAAAAGUCCAAACUUAUGCGGCGACGUCCCACAACCUUCAGGUAGACGUCUUCUGUCUUUCAGCUAUCUGAUUAAAUAGCAACACUACUCCUCUUGUGGCAAUUUUGCGUAAUUCUCUCUCUUGUUCAACUUGAAAAGCAGCAUCUGGUAUAAUCCUUCUAGCUGCUUGUAGGGCCUCUUUGUCUAUAUCUCUGAGUUUAUAUGAUACUGUAGAAACUUGCGAAGGCUUUGGUUGUACCGUUUUGUCUUGUCGUUUUUCGAUAUUAUUCUUUUUGGUAAUCUUCUUCUUCUUGCUGUUAUGUUCUUUUUUCUUUAUUAAAGAUAAGCUUUUCUGACCGAUAAUUUUGCUAUUCUGUUCAUCUAAAAGCAACUUGAAGUCAUUCAUGGCCUCGGUCGUAUAUGAAGACGACACAAUGAAUCAAACGCUCAUUACAUUUGCUUUCUUUCAAUGGGCUUUCAACUUUAUGUCAAGUGCAUCUUAGAUUUUAGUUGUUUUCACUCACAAAAGUGUGCUGACAGACGAAUGGUAUGUUUUACGUACAAUAAUAGUUGGUUUGGUUUGUUGAAGACUCGUGUUUUGAACUGUUUUU